AUGUGGAGUACUAGCUGUUGUGAUAAAACGAAAAGGGCAAGUCAUAAUGGUGGUCCAUACUUCUACAUUAGCCACUUUUUCUGUUUGAGUCAAGUGCAAAGGAAAAUAUAUAUUUUCUACAAAGGUAUGAAGAAUCAUACAGAGCGCCAGCAUAUCUCAUAUCUGUACGACCUACAUGACGCUUAUCUGAUGGAUUUAGUUGAAUCAUUUAUCGAAUCAGCUCCGCAAGUAGUGUUACAGAUGUAUAUCUUAUUAAAUAAAGAAAAAUCUGACUUUAUUACAACCUUAUCAGUCCUAAUUUCUGGAGUAGCAGUAGCUGUAAGUUUAGUACAAUACAGCAAGACUCUACAUGAAGCACACUACCCUCCCAAACAAAGAUUAUCCUUGCCAGGAAUAAUGAUGAUAUUUAUAUGGAGGUAUUUAUUCAUCCUAUGCCGUUCCGUGUUCCUUGGCCUUUUUGCCGUUGUAUUUACCUACUUUGUUUUUGUGUUAAUGGGUUGCCAUUGGCUAUUCUUUACUUUCUAUCUGUGGUAUACCGAGAAUGGUAAGGAGCAAUUUCCUGAGUCAGCACUGAAAAGAAUUAUAUACUGCGUUAUUGGUGGAUUUAUUUAUAUUUUCUGCGUAUUUAACUUGAAGAAUGGUAAAUCGCGCUCACGCUACAUAUUGUAUUAUAUAAUUACAAUCUUGGAAAUGGCUGUCGCUAUGACGAUAUGGUUACUAACGCAACAAUUAACUCAGAUGCGCAUGUUUGCCCUCCUCGUUAUCAUUGGUGGAUAUUUCUUUGGUUUUUUAAGCAUGAUAUCAUAUUAUGCAUGCUUUCACCCGAAUAGGCUUAACUAUCUUCCUGACAAGCUCCAAGAAUUAUCAACUACUCAGUAUUAUUUCAGGGGUAUUCGCGAAGUUAGUACUAUACAGCAUGCAAAUCGACCAACCAAUAACCAGUUUACCUUUAAGCAACCAAAACCGAAUGUUGACGUAAGUCAACCAGACAUACCGAGACCAAUGGAUGAUUUGCCUUUUCAAAGUGAUGAUAAUGUGGUUGCUAUUGAGGAGCCACGUACGGAAUCAGAUAAUGUCCGCAUUAAAGGCGAUAAGGCUGAUGAUAUAGAUGGAGAAAAUGUUAUACUAGGGACAAGGAAAAUUCCAAAAGAAUCAACAAUUUAA